AUGUCGGACGACAAACCGGUGUAUAUGCCGUUACAAACCCUGCCCGCAGAUAUUCUUUUCGAAGUUGCAAGAUACCUUGCCAACACUGAUGUCCUUCACCUGAGCGUCACGUCAUGGACGGUCUACGCGAAGCUGAUCCCAGCCAUCUACGCUGUCGUGGACCUGCGUGGUGCCGGGCAGUGCAAUCACACGCUGUCCAUGCUCCAGCGUUACCCCCACGUCGCCCGCCACGUCCGGCGCCUGGUCGUCCGCCCCGAGCGCAGGAACCGGCACGACUCCCUACCGCACGUCCGCGAGUGGGACAAGGCCGGCAUGGUCUCGCGCCUCGUCGUCACCACCGCGCGGUACAUGGAUGUGCUGCAGGCCUUUGAGUGGGACGGCGAGGACAUGCUCCCCGACGACAGGAUGUGGGUCGAGCUGCGCCUCCGUUGUCCGCUUCUGAAAAGCAUUGGUGUCUCUCUCGGGUGUUUCCUGCCUCGUCCCACCAGCAAUUUGUUCCAAUUCAACGGUCUCGUUAGUUUCUCAUUGACUAUGAAAGAUGGAUUCUAUGCGCACCAACUACACGUUCCUUCUCGAGAAAGCGAACCGUUAUUCACCCGGCUUUUGGACAUGCUCACACGACGCUGUCCUGACCUGGAGUCCCUGUCGAUUGCGGGGACGUCGAACGAAAUUGCAGACGCAAGCCUCUUCUGGUCCGCGCGUUGGCCCCGCCUGCGUCUCCUCGAGCUCGGAGACGUUAUUUCUGCCCCAGAGCCUUUCCUUGCAUUCCUCGAAGCCCACCCUACACUCGAGGGCCUGUACUUACUUGGUCGUCCGAGAGCCUUGCCCGACUUCGUGACGCUCAAUAGAGAGACCUUACCGUCCCUGUGCGACUUUGCCGGCUCUCUAGAUACCCUUCGCGCGCUACUGGAGCGUGGCCAGACUGGACCGACUUCGCCGCCUUCGCCGCUCGCCAAGAACCUUCACCGACUAUGCGUUCCGGACCCCAUGCAGCUCCGCGAGCUCACUCCGCUCACGAUAUCGCAUGUGCUCGUUGACCUGCAAGGGCUCACGUCUCUGGAGCUUACCUUCGCGCCUCACAGCGGACACGACAGCAACAGCGCAUUCCGCACCAUCGUAGCUGCGUGUCCGCAGCUGCUCGACCUUAAGCUCACUUGCGUGUGCAAGCCAUCUUUCUACCUGGAAUCCUUCUCCCGCUCUCUUCGCAACCUCACGCGCCUGCGCACAUUCGCGCUCACGAUAGUCCCCUUCGCGGGCGAGGAACCGAUGUAUGCCGGCGCGGCGCGCAUGGCGUUGGCGAACCCGCGGCUGCACUCAUUCUCCAUCGCCUACAUCCCGUACCACACAACGCCGCGCCCGCUGCCCCGCACACUCGAGCGCGCCAACUUCGAGCUCCUCGUUGACACGUACGGCAUACCCGUUGGGCUGCGCAUAUGCGAGUGGCGAGCGCGCCUGCCGCCCUGGAAGGCGGUCGCGCUCGUGUGGGACGCUGGAGGGCGGGGGAGGCUCGCGGGUUGGCGCAGCAGCAAGCGGGGGUGGACCCGCCAGUGGGUGAAUGACCUUCGUCAGAGCGGCCAUCCUGAUGCGACGGGCAGGGGCUGGGCGGAGCUUCUGCUGGAGCGCAGUCCUGCCGGCGAGGAGGCGCGGAUGCUGAUGUUCUGCUUUAUCCUGGUCGUGCUAAUAGCGCUCAGCAUUACGGGAAGGGUGAUAGACGAUACUUACAAUAAUAGCAGGUAA